AUGCUCUCGCUCGUCGUAGUCACGGUUGAUCAAUCAAAGCCUAUAUGGAUUGUUGUGUGGCAUUGUGUGGCUGUGCAUCAUUAUCUUAACGUCGUGCAUAAGACAUGCGCCUUGUAUGCUGUGGGCUGUGCAUCAACAGUGGCAGUGAAAGGUCCUCAGCAUUGUUUCACUACAGUGAUUGCUCUCCUUUGCCCUUACUAUGGUUUGACUUUGUGCUUCUAA